UGCCUAUUUUCAAGAAUUUGACAGAUUUAUCAGUUAUUAAUAGUGGCCUCAAAAAUACUUUAAAUCAAGUUUUACCUACUCUCAAGAGUUUGAAACUAGUAGUGAUAGAAGGAAUUGUGCUCAACAACUUCCCUACGAUAUUAAAUGGAUCGUGCAAUUCUCUUAAGACUUUGUCACUUUAUAAUUGUAAUGUUACAAGCACAUUAGUUGAGCCAGAUCUACCUACUUUCAAGAAUUUGAAUGUUUUGAAGAUACAUACCACUCAUCUUAACAUCGAUUAUCUUCGGAUGCUGAAUGGAUCGUUUAAUUCUCUACAAAUUUUAUGGUUGGAUGGAAGCAAUUUACCAAAUACAUUUCUUGAGCAAGGAAUUUGUAAGUCACUUCAUCUACAGGAUUUAAGCAUUGCAGACAAUGAUUUGGGGGGUGAGUUGCCUUGGUGCCUUGCCAACUUGACUUCCCUUAAAUCUGUUGAUAUCUCAUCAAAUCAGUUUACUGGAGACAUAUCCUCAUCUCCUCUUAAAAUGCUAACAUCUGUCCAAGACCUACGACUUUCAAACAAUAAUUUCCAAAUUCCAAUUUCCCUUGAACCAUUUUUUAACCACUCAAAACUCAAGACCUUCUAUGCCAGUAACACUGAAAUAUAUGCAGGAAUUGAGUCACAACAUUUGUCACCAAAAUUUCAGUUAAAUUUCAUCAUAUUAAGUGCAUAUAAAUAUAAUGGUUCAUUUCCCAAAUUCCUCUAUAGUCAACAUGACUUAAAAACAGUUGUUCUCUAUAACCUUAAUUUGAAUGGAGAGUUUCCAGUUUGGUUGUUAAACAACAAUACCAACCUAGAAACACUUUAUCUAGUUAAUAAUUCUUUUUCAGGGCUUUUGCAAUUGCCAAUUCAUUAUCAUCUCUCUUUGAAAGGAUUACAUAUCUCCAUCAAUUCUUUCCAUGGGCAUAUUCCAACAAGAAUUGGAGCUUAUCUACCAAUGUUACAAUAUUUAAACAUGUCUAGAAAUGCUUUAGAUGGUAGUAUUCCCUCAUCAGUUGGUGACAUGAAACUAUUGAAAAUGUUGGAUUUGUCUAAUAAUUUAUUAACUGGACAAAUACCUCGACAAAUGGUCGUAGGCUGUCUCUCAUUACAACACCUUGUAUUGUCAAAUAAUAGUCUACAAGAUGAAAUAUGUUAGAUUUGAGAGAUAUUAUUAAGUCAAAUAAUCAUUUUAUAGGUCCAAACUAUUGUAAUUUUGUCAAUAAGAAAAUUUUGUAAUAUUAAACAUUUCAAAAUUUUCCUUUUCUUAUUAAUAAGAAUAUUAACUUUGGCUAA